AUGAACAGCAUCCUGAGUACGGAGAAGCUGUGUGAAGUGUUGGAAGGAUCCAUCAGCGCGUCUAAGGAAAAGAGGACACAAUGCGAGGAAUACUUGAAGCAGGUAUGUAAAGUGGAGGGGUACAUAGACGUAAUUCUUAAUAUUGUAAAAAGUGCCAACCUAGUGGAUGACAACAUAAGGAUUUCAGCCCUGAUUUUUUUAAAAAAUACCAUAAAAAAUAAUUAUGAGACGCUGAAGAAGGAAGAGAUUUGUGGCCUGACUAAGAACAUAUAUGAAAGUUUCCUGUACCUAGAAAUGAAGGACAAGCAAAUUUAUAUGCAGCUCUUCGAAAUAAUGAAGGUCUUAAUACACAAUAGCUUUCCUGAUCAUUUUGUCAUUUUGGAUAAUAUACUUAAUGAUGUUAACCAGAGGAAGGAUGUGAGGAGAUUGUAUGUGAGUCUUUACUGCUUGAAGUUAAUUUUUAAAAAAUUAAAAAUAAAAAAAAAGAAAAACAAUGAAUUGUACACAGAAAUGCUGAACAAGUAUUUUUAUCCACUCAUUAAUUGCCUUUACGAUUUAAGCUCCCUUGACAUCAAUAACAAUGAAGUGUCAGAAAUACUUUGUAUCAUUUGCAAAAUAUAUCAAUAUGUAAAUGACAAUUUUUUUAUUAACGAAGUAAUUAUUUUGGAGUACAUGGAUAAUUAUUUUAGUCUGUUCGAUUUUAUCCUCAAAAAUGAAAUUGUUGUUUCCAAUUAUAUGGAGGAUGAAACUUACUUGAAAACCUUACCACAGUACAAAUGCAAGAGGAUCGUUUUGGACAUUGUGACUCGUCUCUUCUCCCGAUAUGUAAAUACAAAUUACAACAAAUGCAAUAAUGAAAUUACGGAGAAAUUCUGUCAGGCAUUUCUCAACAAAUGGCUAUGUCCCUUUUUCGAAGAUCUCAUCAUCAUCCUACAGAGUUAUCACAAAAAUAAAAAGACACUAACCGAUGAGUGCUUGGUGUAUAUUCUCCAGGGGUUAUCUUAUGGAGUUGAAAAUGCCCUUAUCUACAAAAAUUAUAUAAAAAAUAAUUUUGAGUUUUUGGUCCGCGAUGUGAUCUUCCCACUUCUCUGCUACAACGAUGAUGAUGUAGAAAAAUUCCUUUGCGAUCAAUACGAUUUUACCAUGAACAUUUUUAACACCUACAUUGUGGAAGAUAAAAAAGUCAGCGCUACUUCUUUUAUUAAAGAUUUGACUCGCUACCGUGGAUCCAAACACAUCUCGGAGUUAUUUCACCUCUGUGAGAAUGUCAUCAAUACGUACAACCAGAAUUACCAUAUGGUGUAUAGCAAAUUUGCCACUCAGGGGAACCAGGAUGAAGCCGUGGUGGAAGAAUUGCUUAGAAACGAAUUCUGCAAAUACAAGUAUGGCGCGUUGAAAAUCUUGGAGUGCCUCUACAGCCGACUAUGUGAUAAGAAGAGAAAUAUGAACAUCGAGCAGUUUCUAAAAUCAUAUGUAGAAAACGACCUGAACAACCCCAACCAUUUAGUGUGUUACCAAUCUAUCGUCACCUACUGUUGCUUCAUUAAAAAGGUACAACACUUUAGCGAUGUCAAUGGUCUUGUUGCUAAUUACGAGAUUGUUUUAAAUCAUAUAGGUAGCCCUAGCCUACUGAUCAGGGUAGCCAGUGCAUCCUACAUAAAAAAAUUCUUUAAGAUAAAAAAUGAAUACCUCAAAAAUGUGAUUAUCAAGUCUAUUCCUAUUCUAAUUGAGCGUCUACUCAACGUAAUUAAAGAGGUCAAAUGUGAGUACAUCGUUAUGACGCUGGAUAACUUGGCGUACACAUACAAAGACUACAUAACGCCUUACGUGAACGACGUGGUUAUCACCCUUUGCACCAGUUUUGUUUUUCUUAUUAACAAGAAGGAUGAGGAAGAGGGUGCGCAAAACUCGCUGGAGAAUGAUCUGAGGCAUAACCCCGAAAUGAUUGGUCACACACAAGAUGGUACGCUCAGAAACGAUAGAUAUUCCCUCACCAAUGACGAUGAGUAUUCCAUGAAGAAAAAGGAAAAGAAAACGGAAAAUGAAGAACUAGAUUUGAACUCUGUUAUUCUGUCCAUCCUGACGGCCAUUUUAAGCCUACUCGAUUCAGUAGAUGAAGGAAACAAAGAACAGAUUUACAAAAACACCAUGUCGUAUUUAUACGUUGUGGUGGACGAAACGUUUAAGUCACCAUCCAUCGACUAUCUCGAAGAAGCGCUCUCCCUGCUGACGAACAUUACCUACUAUCUAGAUAUUGACAACGACGUAUACCUCCGCUUUGAAAAGCUAUAUGACAUUUUCUAUUUCAACACGGAUGAAAAUUUAAAAAUGCAAGAAUUGAAUUGUAUUAGAAAUAACCCCCAAUUAAUUUUAAGCACCGAUUUGAUACUCUCUGAUAAGAAUACGGAUGUGUACUUUUACGACUUCAUCUUUGACCUUUCCUUCAGCAUAGGUGUAUUUGACAAUAUUAUUUCAAAGGCAACGGAACAGUUUGUUAAUAUGUACAGUGAGAGGUAUGGAAUGAAGUAUAUCCACAUGGUUUAUCGAUUAGGUAUAUUCGCUUUGCACUCCAGAAUAGUUAAGGAUAGUUGUAAAUUAUUUUUUAUUUUGUUUGAGGCAACGGUGAAAAUCAGGGGAGUGGACGAACUGAUCGUGCCCAUCCUCACUGCGUACUCCAUGAAACUCUUUAAGCACGAUGAGGCAUCCGCCCUGAUGAACCAAAAGAAAAAAAAUAAGGAACUCACCAUGGAAGGCGCCAAUAAGAACGGUGAUGAGGACGAUGGAGCGGAUAGCAUAUGUAGUGAGUAUGAUGAAGAUAUAUUGAGCAAAACCAGCAUUGAGCACAUUAAGAAAUUAUUCUACUCCAUCAUCAUAUACGAUGUGAAUCAGUUCUUUCUUUUUUUUAAUAACAUAAAUAGGACUACCUAUAUUCUAUCCUUGCUGUCUAACCUUACCGAUGUCCAAAUGAACGGCACCAGGAAACUUUACAUUCUUGCCAUGAGCAGCAUAUUGGAUAAUAUGCACAACUCCCAUGUCAGUAUGCACAUCGCGGAACCAAAUUCAUUUAUUCUAAAUGUUAUUAAUGUGGCUAAGGAGUACUACGAAGGUAAGAAUGAGCAGAAGGAGUCAUCGGAAAAGUCCUUCGAUUCAGAAUCUUCUUCCGGGGACGAAAAUAGCGAAGUAGAUAUUGAUGAAAAUGAAGAUGCUACUAAUGAUAAGGCUUUCAAAUUAAUUAAAACAAUUGAAGCGUUAGAAAAAAAAAAUGACUUAAAAAUUAAGUUAAAGGAAAAUGUAAACCUCAACAAAUUGGAUGAACUGGCAAACCAGCAACACACAAACAAUUCUGCUUCUGCACAAAACAGAAGCGAUAAUAACUCGUUUAGCCAAAAAGAUAUGUUGAAGCAAUUUGGAACUAGUGAGCAAUUGUUACAGCAAGCAAAUGCACGCAGGCAUCACGAUGAUGAAGCCGACGAUGACGAUAGCGAUGACGACGACGAUGAUGAUGAUGACGAUGACUGCUCAGACUAUAGCCACGAUGAAUACAGAAAGGGAUUCUUCGAUGAUAUCAAUGCUUUCAAAAUUUUGCACGACACCACCUCCAACUUUUACACAAAGUACGAAAGUGUUUACAAUAGUGAUAUUAUGGGCAAGAUUAAAUACCUCGUGGAUGCUGACCUCACCGCGCAGAUGCAGGAACCCACCAACUGA